GAAGCACCAAUCUCGUUUUCUCCUGGCUAGUUUGUCGUUCGUCCUCUCCCAGCUGCGAGGCUCUUGCAAUCGGUAUUUAGUUGCUUCAUAUCUCGUGUCCGCCUUUGACGCGAGGGACUAUCGCCUGAGUCCAAACCAGUUUCCACAAUUCAUCAGAGGCUGGUGCCCUGCGACCCAGUCAAACCAUUCGCAAAGCAGAAGAUGGAGUGGUCGCGAGUGUCAGAGUUCUCGAGCAUUGUACCGUGCGAGUACUCCAACGUCAUCUACCUAUCGUCCUGCUCUGACGCGUCGCCGCAACUUCGUCACAAGUGCAAGCAUACAUGCACCAUUCAGCAUGCCUUCGCCAACCUUUUCAGGUGCUUGACGAGCAACACGACCCACGUGUGCGACAAGAACUGCAACCAGAAGAUACUGUACGACAACCAUUCCAGCAUCUGCAUGGUCAGCCGCAACGUCGUCCCGUUGACGGAUGCGGAGAAGGAGCUUGUCAGAGCCUUUGGGCGGAAGAGGGGCAUGGACACGGCGGAGUCGUGCGGGCGGCAACGGAAGCAUCGCUUCAGAAAUCAGGUCGUGGUCGCCGUCCAGUCCACCGGCGCAGCAUUUAUGGCCGACAGCAUUAUCACAGACGCUUAACAACCAACUCCAGCAAGGCUGCUGCAUGCGGAUACUCUUUAGGGGCGACAGCAUCGUCGCCCACACCUUGUGGCAGUGCAGCCCUCACGCGCACCUUCUGACCCGUUGAGCCUCGUUUUCCCCCUUAGCCCUGACACUGUCCCGGGACUGACACUCCGGAGCAGAAACCCUGACGUGACAGCGACUUCUCGAGUUGACAAGGCAUGGCUCGGAUUGUUAGCAGCGGCACGAACGCUGUGUGUGUAGGAGAGCCAGCAGGACUUAGCCAGCCGCUAGGCAGCCUCAGCCUAGCCGUCAAGGCAAGUCUUGGGAUAUGGCCUUGGGAUACGUUAAGCAUUGAUGGAAUGUGUGAUAGUCGUCUCUUUUUAAAACAUGAGGUUUGCCUUGAGCAUCCCUUUCUUCUUAGGGCCCUUGUUGAAAUGAUCAGCUCCAAGACUCAUUGAUUUCCA